AUGUCGUCACCGAGCAUUAUACUCUAUAAAAACUUGAUUAAACAUUGUUCACAAUAUGGUUACCUGACAUCCAAAGCUCUCGAUGCUAGAUCGGAAGAUGUCAGUUCUACGUUACCUGAUGUCAGUUCUAUGUUACCUCUCAGCUAUACUUACGGUUUUUUAACAUCAACAUUAUUUUAUAAUUUAAAACAUGAAUGGUUAAAAUCGUUAAUACGUAAUACAUGUGGAUUAUAUAAUAUUUAUUGGUUAGAUCAACAGGCACCAUCAACAUUUGAAUCAAUAAUACAGAAACAAGAAGCGUAUAAAAAAUCUAAAGUCACAACAUAUGCAAUUGCGUGGAGUGAAAAUAAAAUAUCGCAACCACCCUCUGAAAAUUUAUCAUCGCUACUACGUCUAGUGCAACAGGAUCAAUCAAAAGAUGAUUAUUUGAAUUUACGUGGUGUUCAAUUAAAUUCACAAAAAAUUAAUUUACAGCGUUUAACGAAUGAACGUUUACGUUGGUGGAAGAAGUUUUUGAACAAACGAGAGUCGUUAUUACGUGUGUCGGAUAAAUGUCAGUUAUUAAUUAAGUAUAAUGUGGAUAAAAUAAAUGCAAGUUAUUGUUUAGAAUCUUUGAUUACUUCUGACGACGAGAAAUGUAUUGAUUUAUCAUUAAAUAUGAACUAUGCGUUAUCUGUACUUCUCAUUGAUGCUUUUAAAGAUGAUUCUAUACUACAAUUACAUCCGCUAUUAGCACCAUAUCAAGUUGGAAUUCAACUAGAUGAGAUCCAGGAUUCUAAUACAGAUGAUUACAAUGAAUUGCGUGAUUAUUUAGGAAAUAUAUUAACAUCGAAAUAUCAAUUCAGAUUUUUACGAGAUAAUAAUGGUGAUUGGGAUAAACUAGGUGUGCCAUUUGUGAUUAUUUUGAAUUCAGAUUCAUUAAAAAAUGGUCUUUGUACGGUACAAAAUCGCGAUACACGAUUGCGUGAACAAGUGCAUAUUAAACAUCUUCCCAGACACUUGUCUAUUUAUUUCAAAGCAUUAGAUGAUUAUUCAUGA